GCUCUAAAGUCCACCAGCUGGAGGAAGUGAGUGUUGAUUCCACAGCGAUGGCAGCAAGGGCAGGCACCACUGUUAAGGCCCUGCCGAAUACAGUAAUAGUCAAACCUAAAAAUAAAAAAACUGCUGCCCAACCCAAAGGCAGCUUGACACUGAAAACAAAGAAAAAUAAGCUCCCAAAGAAAGACAAAGGAAAGGAGAGAAAGAAAAAAGGACAGUUUUUAAAUAAAGGAAAGAAAGUGAAAAAGUUAACACAGGACAAGAAAUCAAAGCCAACAACUGCUUCAUAUUUUCCAUAUUUUGAAGAUCACUACUGUCCAUCAAAUUGUUCCUGCUAUGGGAGGGUGGUGCAAUGUUCUGACAAAAACCUGGAAAAAAUACCUUAUGGAAUUCCUUACAACUCUCGUUAUAUUCUCUUAAUGAACAACCACAUUGAUAGCAUUCAGAUGAACUUGCUCUCCGAAUACACCUCCGUGGAAUUCCUGGUGUUAACUAACAACCGUUUAUCGGACGGCACCAUUGAGGGGGCCUUUGAAGGUAUUCCGAACCUCAAGAGGUUGUACAUGGAGAAGAACCUUCUCCAGAGCAUCCCUACUGACCUGCCUGGCACCCUGGAGGAACUACGGCUGGAUGGGAACCAGGUGAGUGUUAUGUCUGAAGCAGCUUUGGUCCUUUGCCCCAACCUGCUAAUCCUCAGCUUGAGUAACAACAGCCUGGGAAACGAAUCAUCUACUAUCUCUCCAGGAGUCUUUCUCCCACUGGGCAACUUACGCACACUUACGCUUUCCUACAACCUGCUUAGCUCGGUCCCUCUACAACUGCCCCUCAGUCUUCGAGAACUUUAUAUUCGUGGAAACCGCAUCCAACGUCUCCAAGGUGACAUAUUCUGGGGUAAGGCAGAACUACAAGUUCUGGAUCUAAGUGCGAAUAGAUUGACCGAUAAAGGUCUUGGGAAGGCAACACUAUUGAAUGCUAGUCGUCUAGAGAGUUUAAAUCUAGAGGGCAACCUAUUGAAACAGGUUCCACGCCACUUGCCCCGCUCCAUAAAGAUCCUCAACUUAGAGAGCAACUUCAUCUCGAGCAUUAGCAAGGAUGCUUUCAUCUCCAUGCCCCAAUUGGAGCACCUGGGCCUGGCAAGAAAUAAGAUCACCAAGGUGGCACAUGGUGCCUUCAGAGUUCUUCCACUUCUGCAUCAGCUAGACAUGAGUCACAACAAUCUACGGCAGGUACCACGGCAACUUCCUUUGUGGUUGCACUCUGCCACGUUUACACACAAUAAGAUCCGUAUGAUUCCACGUGAUGCAUUCUGCUGGGGUCGAGGCAAUGGGUCACCCCUCAGCCGUCUGGUCAGAGUGCAGCUGGAAUAUAACAUGAUAGAUCUGGGCCACUUGGACACGUUGGCCUUCCGAUGCCUCCGAGGUUUCCAGGUGGUACAGUUUUACUGAAGUUGCACAGUCCUGGAGAAUGUCAACAUAUGGGUAGAAGUGGAAUUUACAGGUUCCUGCAAAAUAGCAUGUUGGUUUUCCUUUUUUGUCUUGCCUGAAGUUUCCUUUCACGAAGCCAGCAGCAUCUGGUUCAGAGUUAGAGAUGUAAAAAUGUUUCCUUGUUUUCCAGAAUGACAAAGAGCCAUGUCACAUUGUGCGAAAAGCUGAAAGUGACAAUGAAAGACUAAUGUUGAGAAAUCUACACGUGAGUGCAAACAUCUAGUUUUCACACAAGAAAGUCAUCACAAGGGCCAUAUCUCAGUAACGAUAAGAUUUGAAGACAAAAGUCCAGUUAAUCAAAUGUGUGUUUUCUCUGUCAGAUGUGUUGUAUGUUGUUUUCAAACACCUCCUUCGAAACCCUUUUAAAUGUGCACUCAGUCAUUUUUGGAAGUAUGUCAAAGUGGCUUACAUUGGCAUUGUGCAUUAUUCAAACACCAUAGUUUUCAGUUACCAAUACCAUUGUAAAAUGCACUAUGCACAGGAAGCCAGGAUUAAUUUAAUCCAUGAAUCAAAGUGUCCAAUAUCAUGGCACUUACUUAUUAAGUAUUCAGCUGGUCAUGUGAUGCUAAUAUUGCUGCCCCUGCACCACGUGGAAUAAAAGUGCUUUUACAAGGUUACUGAUAUAACUUUUCACCUCACAUAAGUGGUCAUGAUUUUAUACUUUUCAAAUAUACACUAUAGGACACUAAAUGUAAUUAAACUCUAUUUAUAGACUAUGUGCAAACAGAGUUUUAAAAUAAGUCAAAUGUGUUGAUAUUUACACUGUUACUUCUCUGUAAUGUGACCAGUUGUUAAAUACCAGAGAGGAAAAAUCCUCAGGCAGUCCUUUGA